GGUACUUGUAGGCCUUUAUCCGCUAAACUGCAAUAUACAGGAGAGUCUUUCACGGCCGAGCAGACAAAAUGUCCACAAGAAUACGGCAUCAUUUGGACAAAGAGUAUGACUAUAUUGUGGUUGGUGCCGGAUCUUCCGGCUGUGUGGUUGCAAACCGCCUGUCUGCGGAUCCUUCCGCCACGGUUCUCCUUCUGGAAGCCGGCGGUGAUGACCUCAACUAUCCAGAUAUAGCCGCCCCAUCGAGAACUCCAUAUCUGCAGAAGACCGAAUUUGACUGGGACUACAAGACCGUGCCACAGACUUGCUCGAGUCUGGGUCUAGUGAAUAGGCAAAGUACUUGGCCUCGCGGUAAGGUGCUAGGGGGCUCUAGCUGCUUAAACUACAUGGUAUACAUGAGAGGAAGCCCAGAGGACUAUAACUAUUGGGCAGACCUGGGGUGUAACGGCUGGAGUUACCCGGAAGUGCUGCCCUACUUCAUGAGGUCGGAAAAUAACCUGAAUGAUAACAUGGUCAGAAAUGGUUGUCAUGCUCGAGGAGGACCUAUGACGAUCACAGAUAACCAGUCCUCUUCGUUGUCUGAAGCUUUUGUCGCUGCAGGGGUAGAGUUAGGCUACCGAGCCACGGACUGCAAUAGCGGAGACUGUCUUGGGUUUAUGAGGAGUCAAGCUAAUGUAGGCAACGGAGUGCGCAUGAGCUCGGCAGAAGCCUUUCUUAGGCCCAUCAUGCAUCAGGAAAAUUUACACAUAGCAACUUUUGCGCACGUAACCAAGAUACAAGUAGAAGGAGGUCGAGCAACAGCCGUCCAGUUCCUGCGGGACGGCAGAUUUCAGACAGUUAAAGCCAGGAAGGAAAUUGUCCUUUGUGCGGGAUCAAUUGGAUCAGCACAGAUUUUGUUGCUCUCUGGGAUAGGACCUAAACGUCACCUAGAAAAUCUAGAGGUGCCCAUUGUGGCAGAUCUUCCCGUUGGCGACUUUCUGCAGGAUCACUUGGAGGUUUGGGGCGUACAAUUUACCAUUAACCAGCCAAUUUCCAUGACAGAGAGGAGACUGAAUGCAGAAGAUGUAGUAAAACAAUACCAACAGCAUCGAACAGGUCUGCGAGCUUUCGCCACGGGUAUAGAGGGCACUUCGCUGAUUCGAUCCCGUCUCCAGGAACCGACCAAUCCUAUGCCGGAUAUAGAGAUCUCAUUCAUGUCCGGCCUUUUCGGAGCAGGAAGGGAUCCACCAAUCAGAUAUGGUCGUGGAAUCAGACGUGAUGUGUGGGAGGCGAUGUUUGGUGGGAUGACAGACACGCAUGGAUUUACAUUCAUUCCCAUCCUCUCUCAUCCCAAAAGCAGUGGCACAUUGCGUCUUCGCAGCCGCAACCCCAUGGAAUUUCCCAUCUUGGACCCACGUUAUUUGUCCCAUCCAGAUGACGUCAGCACAUUGGUUGAAGCAAUUAAAAUCUCUCUUCGCCUUGGGCAAACCAAGUCUCUGAAAAAGUAUGGAAGCCAGUUUGUCGAGCGUUGGUUGCCGGAUUAUGCGGGCGGGGAACCGUUUACGGACGACUAUUGGGAAUUCCAUGUGAGAUCGUUGGCCAAUACAGUCUACCAUCAUUCCGGGACAUGUAAAAUGGGAACAAUGAGUGACCCGACGGCUGUCGUUGACCCUCAGCUCAGGGUUAAAGGCAUCACAGGUCUUCGCGUCGCGGAUGCUUCCAUUAUGCCAGAAAUAACAGCGGCCAACACCAACGCCACCUGCGUUAUGAUUGGCGAAAAAGCUGCUGAUCUGGUGAAAAACGUUCGUCUUCCUCCAAUCGUGACGUCCAAGAUUUAGACGCAUUUGGACUGGGCAAAUGUUGUGUGUUUCUCACUCAGACGCACCUAUUCAGUACAGAUUGAAGACAUUUGCUGGAUGUUUUAAAUUUCAGCUGGGUGUAAACCUUCAGUUGUAAUCAUGUUAUAAUUCAAGCGCUUUACAAAUAAAAGGCUGCGAACAAUCCAGGUGACAUGAAGUAAAUAAUAGCAUUAACAUGGCUCUUUUUGCCAUUAUCCCUAAAACUACGUAUGAAACCAGGAUUCCGAAAACAUAAACUCUCUGUGUUACACUACUGUAACAUAUAUUCAUUUACGGAGGAAAAUUUGACCUUACGCUGUAUACUGUGGCCUGAAUAAUCAAUAAACGGAUUGUCGACAGACUGCGCCCUAAAGGAAAAUCAGUAUAGUUUCAUAGGGCAAUUCAGAGCUUCUUAAAUCUAAUUUUUAGCUUCUUAAACCUAAUUUUAAUAUGUAAUCAGAGUACAAUUUAUUUUACACAAUACUGGUGUUGCAAGAGUCUCAUUGCUAUAAAUUUCUACCCUCUUAUAUCAUAAUAUUCUAUCUACUUAGAAAAGUAAACUCUGAUCAUUACUGUCAGUUUGUAUUAUCUUAUACUAUAGUAUUCUA